UGUGAUGGAGAAGAAGAUGGGCCACUGGUCAUAUCCUUUGGCGCCUGCUUCCGGCCUUGUCUUCCUGCUUGUGCAGCUUUUGGGUAACAUCUGUCAUGGCCUUCAAGGGAGUUUACCACUGGGCUUCCACUUCACACAUUCCCUUUACAACACCACGGUGUAUGAAAACUCAGCGGCACGGACUUACUUGAACAGCCAAAGCAGAAUGGGCAUCGCGAUGGCUGACUUCUCUUGGGACAUCAAAUAUAGGAUUGUGUCUGGCGAUGAUGAAGGUUUCUUCAAAGCAGAGGAAGUGGCAAUAGCUGAUUUUUGUUUCCUUAGGAUAAGAACUAAAGGGGGGAAUUCCGCCAUACUCAAUCGAGAAAUCCAGGACAAUUAUUUAUUGGUAAUAAAAGGUUCUGUCCGGGGAGAAGACUUGGAAGCUUGGACGAAAGUGAACAUACAGGUGUUGGACAUGAAUGAUUUACGACCUUUAUUUUCACCCACCACCUAUUCUGUAACAAUACCUGAAAGCACACCUUUGAGGACUAGUAUCGCGCAGGUCACCGCAACAGAUGCUGAUAUUGGUUCGAAUGGCGAAUUCUAUUAUUACUUUAAAAAUAAAGUUGAUCUGUUCUCAGUCCAUCCCACCAGCGGGGUUAUCUCCUUAAGCGGCAGGCUAAACUAUGACGAGAAGAACCGCUAUGACCUUGAAGUUCUGGCUGUGGACCGAGGGAUGAAGCUGUAUGGCAACAACGGAGUAAGCAGCACUGCCAAACUUUACAUUCAUAUUGAACGUAUAAAUGAGCAUGCUCCAACUAUUAAUGUUGUGACGCAUGCCCCCUUCCCUUUAGAUAAGGAGUCUACAUAUGCUGUAGUUAACAUUGAUGAUCUAGAUGAAGGUGCCAACGGUGAAAUUGAAUCCCUUUCUAUCGUUGCUGGAGAUCCCUUGGAGUACUUUCAGUUGGUCAAGGAGGGGAGAUGGUUGAACGAGUACAAAAUCAAAGAAAAAAAGGCCUUUGAUUGGGACACUUUCCCGUAUGGUUACAAUCUUACUUUGCAAGCCAAAGACAAGGGGUCUCCUCAAAAGUUCUCAGCUAUGAAACUGGUCCAUAUUGCCAGCCCUAAGAAGGAGAACAAUCCGGUCAAAUUUGAAAAAGAAACUUAUGAUGUCGCGAUCAGCGAAUUCUCUCCUCCUGGAGUAGUUGUUGCCAUUGUUAAAUUAACCCCAGAAACCCAGGGAGAAGAAUAUAAAUUAACUCUCAGCGAAGAUGCACAAUAUUUUAAGAUAAAUCCCAAAACAGGGCUACUUACCACAGCGCUUCUUUUAAAAAUUGUGGACAAGGAAUUGUAUGACUUGGAAGUCACAAAUAAAGAAGGGGACUUAAAAGCACAUGUGGCUGUGAGAAUUGAAGAUGCCAACGAUCAUAUUCCAGAGUUCACCCAGCCUUUGUACAGCACCUAUAUCAAUGAAAGCAUUCCUGUGGGAACUGAUAUCCUAUCAAUUUCUGCCUUUGACAAAGAUCGUGGGGAAAAUGGCUACAUCACGUACAGCAUCGCUAGUUUAAAUUCCCUCCCCUUUUCCAUCAACCAGUUUACUGGGGUUAUUAGCACGUCCGAAGAACUGGAUUUUGAGUCCUCCCCAGAGAGUUACCGCUUUAUUGUGAGGGCUUCGGAUUGGGGGUCCCCUUACCGCCACGAAAGUGAGGUAAAUGUCACUAUUGUCAUAGGCAACGUGAACGACAACAAGCCGCUCUUUGAGAAGGUGGCUUGUCAAGGAGUCAUCUCGUCAGAUUUUCCUGUUGGUGGGCACAUCACAGCUGUCUCUGCUAUAGACAUCGAUGAGCUGGAACUGGUGAAAUACAAAAUUAUUUCAGGUAAUGAAUUGGGUUUUUUUUAUCUGAAUCCAGACUCGGGAGUUCUACAGCUUAAAAAGUCUCUUGGUGGUGCUGGAAUCAAGGCCAAUAAUUUUGGACUUCGGAUCACGGCAACCGAUGGGGAAUAUUUUGCAGACUCUAUGUUUGUCAAUAUUUCAGUAGUUCAUGGAAAGGUCUCUUCCAAAACCUUUAGCUGCAGAGAGACCAGGGUUGCUCAGAGGUUGGCAGAGAAGCUGCUGAAAAAGGCCAAGGCCAAUGUCAAACUUAAUUCAGAAGAUGGCUUUCUUGAUUUUUAUUCUGUGAACAGGCAGGCCCCACAUUUUGAUAAAUCCUUUCCCUCGGACCUGUCAGUCAGAGAAGAUCUCCCUGUUGGUGCUACCAUACAUCGAAUCAAGGCCUACGAUGCUGAUUCUGGCUUUAACGGGAAGGUCCUGUACACCAUAUCAGCUGGUAACACUGACAGCUGUUUCAACCUUGAAAUGGAGACGGGUCUGCUGAAGGUCCUUAUGGCUCUGGAUCGCGAGAGGACAGAACUGUAUCUUCUUAAUAUUACCAUCUACGACUUGGGGAACCCCCAGAAAGCCACCUGGAGAUUACUUACCAUCACCGUUGAAGAUGCUAACGAUAACAAGCCAGUAUUUUUGCAGGAAAGUUACACUGUUAAUAUUUUGGAAAGUACAAGUAUCGGUGUGGAAAUUAUCCAAGUAGAGGCCAGGGACCGAGAUCUGGGAAUAAAUGGAGAAGUGGUUUACUCUAUCUUGACAGACACACGGCAAUUUGUAAUCAAUAGCUCCACGGGGAUCGUUUACGUGGGCGAUCAUUUGGACAGAGAAGCCAAGGCAAAUUUUACAUUAAAGAUAGAAGCAAGGGACAGAGCAGAGAAUGGGCACCAGCAGUUUUCUGUGGUUCCCUUAAAGAUUUUUUUGGACGACGUCAACGAUUGCGCUCCGGUUUUCAUCCCACCCAGCUAUAGUGUGAAAGUCUUGGAAGAUUUACCCGUUGGUACUGUCAUCGCUUGGCUUGAAACCCAAGAUCCAGAUCUUGGUCUCGGGGGACAAGUGCGUUACUCUUUGGUGAAUGAUUACAAUGGAAGAUUUGAAAUUGACAAGUCCAGCGGUGCUAUCCGGCUCAGCAAAGAACUCGAUUACGAGAAGCAGCAGUUCUACAAUUUGACCGUACGAGCCAAGGAUAAGGGGCGCCCCGUUUCCUUAUCCUCGGUGUCCUUUGUGGAAAUCGAAGUGGUGGAUGUGAAUGAAAAUCUCUACACACCUUAUUUUUCUGACUUUGUGGUCAUUGGCUCCGUGAAGGAAAACUCCCGCAUCGGCACAAGUGUUUUGCAAGUCAACGCAAGUGAUGACGACACCGGCAGGGAUGGCGAGAUCCAGUAUUCCAUCCGUGACGGCAGUGGACUUGGACGUUUCAACAUAGAUGAAGAAACGGGAGUUAUAUACACAGGCGAUAUCCUUGAUCGAGAGACAACUCAGUCCUACUGGCUAACCGUGUAUGCCGCAGACCGUGGAGUUGUUCCUCUUUAUACCACCAUUGAGGUCUACAUUGAAGUGGAAGACGUAAAUGACAAUGCGCCCUUGACUUCCGAACCCAUUUAUUAUCCGUCUGUUUUGGAAAAUUCCCCGAAGGAUGUUUCAGUCAUUCAGAUACAGGCACAAGAUCCUGAUUCCAGCACUACUGAAAGGAUGACGUACAGGAUUACAAGUGGAAACCCCCAAAACUUUUUUGCCAUCAACACCAAAACGGGGCUCAUAACCACAACUUCAAGGAAGCUAGAUCGUGAACAGCAGCCAGAACACUUUCUUGAGGUCACAGUAACGGAUGGAGGGGUGUCUCCCAAGCAGUCCACGGUAUGGCUGGUGGUCCAGGUUUUGGAUGAAAACGAUAACAAGCCUCAGUUCCCAGAGAAAGUCUAUCAGGUCAAGUUGCCCGAAAGGGACCGAAAGAAGAGAGGGGAGCCCAUAUACCGAGCCUUUGCCUUCGACAAGGAUGAAGGCCCCAACGCAGAGAUUUCCUACAGCAUUGUGGAUGGAAACGAAGACGCCAAGUUCUUCAUUGACCCCAAGACUGGAAUGGUUUCUUCGCGAAAGCAGUUCACUGCGGGCAGCUAUGAUAUCUUAACGAUCAAAGCAGUUGACAACGGCCGGCCCCAGAAGUCUUCUACAGCACGCCUUCACAUUGAAUGGAUUAAGAAACCACCUCCAUCCCUCGUUCCUCUGACUUUCGAUGAGCCCUUCUAUAACUUCACCAUCAUGGAAAGCGACCGAGUGACUGAAAUCGUCGGCGUGGUCUCCGUCCAACCUGCUAACAUCCCCUUGUGGUUUGACAUCGUUGGGGGGAAUUUCGAGAGCUCUUUUGAAGCGGACAAAGGUGUGGGGACAAUUGUCGUCGCAAAACCCUUGGAUGCGGAGCAGAGGUCGAUGUACAACAUGACAGUGGAAGUCACCGAUGGAACCAAUGUAGCCAGCACUCAGGUAUUGAUCAAAGUUUUGGACAACAACGAUAAUGGUCCAGAAUUUUCCCACCCACACUACGACGUGAUGAUUUCUGAGGACAUCAUGCCUGACACCGAGAUCCUUCAAGUAGAAGCCAUGGACAGAGAUGAGAAGCACAAGCUCAGCUACAUCAUUCACAGCAGCCUCGACUCGAUCAGCAUGAGAAAAUUCAGGAUGGAUCCCAACACAGGCGUGCUGUAUACCGCUGAGCGUUUAGACCACGAAGCCCAAGAUAAGCACAUCCUGAACAUAAUGGUUCGAGACCAGGAGUUUCCCUAUCGGCGUAACUUGGCGAGGGUCAUUGUAAAUGUGGAGGAUUCCAAUGAUCACAGCCCUUACUUCACUAGUCCUCUGUACGAAGCCUCUGUGUUCGAAUCAGCUGCCAUCGGAUCUGCAGUUUUGCAGGUCACUGCCCUGGACAAAGAUAAAGGAGAGAACGCAGAGUUGAUGUAUACCAUCGAAGCAGGGAAUACCGGAAACACCUUCAGAAUUGAACCAAUUCUAGGCAUCAUCACCGUGCUGAAAGAACCAGACCUGACCACCAUGAACCAGUUUGUGCUAUCAGUUAAAGCGGCCGACCAGGGUUCUCCCCCAUUGUCAGCUACUGCCAUUGUCCGCAUAUCUGUGACGAUGUCGGACAACUCCCACCCCAAAUUCACACACAAGGAAUGGCAAGCUGAAAUAAAUGAAAAUGUUGAUUUUGGGACUUCGGUUAUCCAAGUCUCGGCAAUCAGUCAGUCUACAUUAGUGUACGAACUCAAAGAUGGCAAUAUAGAUGGAGCCUUCGUGAUCAACCCUUAUUCUGGAGUCAUCACGAGCCAGAAGUCUCUUGAUUAUGAACACAUUUCCUCUUAUCAGCUCACAGUGCAAGCCACAAACAUGGCAGGGAUGGCAUCAAAUGCCACUGUAAACAUCCAGAUAGUUGAUGAAAAUGACAACCCACCAGUUUUUCUUUUUUCUCAAUACUUAGGCAGCAUCAGUGAAGCCGCCCCUAUAAAUAGCAUUGUCCGGAGCGUGGGAAACAAUCCACUUGUGAUACGAGCCACAGAUACAGAUAGCAAUCAAAAUGCACUGCUCGUCUACCAGAUUGUUGAGUCAACUGCCAAGAAUUAUUUUACAGUAGACUCCAGCACAGGUGCAAUUAGAACAAUUGCUGAUUUGGAUCACGAAACCAUCGCACAUUUCUACUUCCAUGUUCACGUUCGAGAUAGUGGCAAUCCCCAGCUUACCGCAGAAAGUCCCGUGGAAGUUACCAUUGAUGUAACGGAUGUCAAUGAUAAUCCUCCAGUGUUCAGCCAGGCAAUGUUUGAAACCAUCUUGCUUUUACCAACUUACGUGGGAGUGGAGGUUCUUCAAGUCAAGGCCAUGGACCCAGAUUUAGAAGUCCCAUCUGAACUGACUUACAGCCUGAUUGAAGGGAACACAGAAUAUUUUCUUGUUGAUUCAAUUUCUGGGGUGUUAACCAUAAAAAACAACAGCCUUUCCAAAGACCAUUACAUGCUGAUCGUUAAAGUAUCCGAUGGGAAAUUUUAUAGUAGUGCUAUAGUGACAAUAAUGGUCAAGGAAGCCAUGGAUAGCGGUCUCCACUUCACUCAAGGCCAUUAUUCCACAUCAAUCUUGGAGAACAGCACCAAUGUCACCAAGGUAGCAGUGGUCAAUGCGAUUGGAAACCGUCUCAACGAGCCCUUGAAGUAUAGCAUAUUAAACCCAGGGAACAAAUUCAAGAUCAAACCUACUUUAGGCCUUAUUCAAACUGUUGGCCUCCCAUUUGACAGAGAAGAACAGGAAUUAUAUGAAUUGGUGGUGGAGGCUAGUCGUGAGGUGGACCAUCUGCGGGUGGCCAGAGUGGUUGUCCGAGUCCUCAUUGAAGACAUCAAUGACAAUGCUCCAGUAUUUGUUGGACUUCCAUACUAUGCUGCUGUUCAGGUUGAGGCUGACCCUGGCACUCUGAUAUACCGAGUGAGGGCCAUUGAUAAAGACAAGGGUGCAAAUGGAGAUGUAUCUUACCUACUGAAGGAGGACUAUGGCCACUUUGAAAUCGACAGUCGUAGUGGGAGUAUCACCUUGAAAGCACCCUUUAACUCCGACUUAUCCAAUAUAGAAUAUUUAAUUAUAGUCAUAGCUAAAGAUGGAGGUGACCCAUCGCUGUCUGCUUCUGUGGAACUGCCCAUCACCAUUGUUAAUAAGGCCAUGCCCGUCUUUGACAAGCCCUUCUACACAGCGUCUGUCAAUGAAGACAUAGAAAUGAACACGCCAAUCCUGAGUAUCAAUGCUACCAGCCCAGAAGGUCAAGGUAUCAUUUACAUAAUAGUAGACGGGGAUCCUUAUAAUCAGUUCAACAUUGACUUUGACACAGGAGUCCUCAGUGUCAUCAGUCCAUUAGACUAUGAACUCAAUCCCAUUUUUAAGUUGACGGUGAGAGCCAGUGAUGCUCUUACUGGCGCCCGAGCUGAAGUUACAGUGGACUUAAUUAUCAAGGAUGUCAAUGACAAUGCUCCAGUGUUUGACCACUUUGCUUAUAACGCCACCUUAACCGAAGCCUCCUUGAUUGGGACUCCGGUCUUGCAGGUCAUUGCUACUGAUGCAGAUUCCGACAAUAACAAAAUCAUCCAGUAUCAGAUAGUCCAGGACACUUUCAAUAGCACGGAUUAUUUCCAUAUCGAUGGGACAAGUGGACUGAUCCUAACUGCCCGCUUGUUGGACCAUGAAGUGAUGCAGCAAUGCAGCUUAAAAGUACGGGCCACCGAUAAUGGAUUCCCACCUCUAAGCAGUGAAGUUCUUGUUAACAUCUACGUGACCGAUAUGAAUGACAACCCUCCUAUUUUUAAUCAGUUGAUAUAUGAAUCCUACGUCAGUGAAUUAGCUCCUCGGGGCCAUUUUGUGACCUGCGUCCAGGCUUCUGAUGCAGACAGCUCCGAUUUUGACCGAUUGGAGUACAGCAUCUUGUCUGGAAAUGACCGUACCAGUUUUGUGAUGGAUACCAAGAGCGGCGUCAUCACACUCUCAAAUCAUCGGAAGCAGAGAAUGGAGUCAAUGUACAGCUUGAACGUUUCUGUUUCUGAUGGUUUGUUUACCAGCACUGCUCAAGUGCAUAUCCAGAUUCUUGGAGCUAAUUUGUACAGCCCUGUAUUCACACAAAGUAUUUAUGUGGCAGAAGUCAGAGAAAACGCUGUCCCGGGAACCAGGGUGAUCCACGUAAAAGCAACCGAUGGAGAUUUGGGCAUCUAUGGUCAGAUCAGUUACUCCAUCAUCAAUGACUUUGCCAAAGACAGAUUUGUCAUUGACAACAAAGGUCAGAUCCUCACCACAGAGAAACUCGAUAGGGAACUCCCUUUAGAAGGUGACAUCACUAUAUUUUUAAGAGCUCUCGAUGGUGGAGGGAGGAGCACCUUCUGCACGGUCCGAGUCAUAGUGGUGGAUGAGAAUGACAACGCCCCACAGUUCAUGACCGUGGAGUAUAGAGCAAGUGUCAAAGCAGAUGUUGGGAAAGGUCACUUAGUCACCCAGGUCCAAGCUCUUGAUCCUGAUGAUGGUGCCAAUGCUAGGAUUGUCUACUCGCUGUAUAGCGAAGCCUCUGUUUCUGUUGCGGAUCUCCUGGAAAUUGACCCAGACAAUGGGUGGAUGGUAACCAAGGGGAACUUCAACCAGCUGAAAAAUACGGUGCUAUCUUUUUUUGUCAAAGCGGUUGACGGUGGCAUUCCUGUACGGCAUUCCCUUAUCCCUGUGUACAUACAUGUUUUACCUCCAGAAACCAUCUUGCCUUCAUUUUCUCAACCUCAGUAUUCCUUUACAGUAUCAGAAGAUGCCCUCAUAGGGAGCACAAUCGAUGCGCUUCAUGUGUUGCCUAACCAAGGCGUCGUCUACAGCACAGUCAACGGCGAAUUGACCGGAAACAACAAGGAUGGAGUUUUCAUUAUAGAGCAAGACACGGGCAUUAUAAAACUGGACAAGAGGCUUGACCAUGAGGCAGACCCUGCAUUUCAUUUUAAAGUGGCUGCAACCCUGCAGCUUGAAAAGGUGGACAUUGUGGUAAUCGUGGACGUGGAUAUUAAAGUUCUAGAUAUUAACGACAACAAGCCAAUUUUUGAGGCAGCCAAGUAUGACACAAUCAUAAUGGAGGGAAUGCCAAUAGGGACUAAACUUGUACAAGUCAAAGCAACCGACGCAGAUUCGGGGGCCAACGGACAAGUCACCUAUUCUCUCUUAACAGAACUGGAUAUUGACCGGAUCUCGGAGGUGUUCACCAUUGACGGCAACAGUGGCUGGAUCAGCACCUUGAAAGAUUUAGACCAUGAGACAGAUCCCACUUUUGCCUUCACGGUGGUUUCUUCUGACCUGGGAGAAGCCCUCUCCCUUUCCUCCACCACCUUAAUCUCCGUCACCGUGACAGACAUCAACGACAAUGCUCCCGUAUUCCAGCAGGAGAUGUACAGAGGGUCUGUGAAAGAGAGUGACCCUCCAGGAGAAGUCGUGGCUGUCCUUAGCACUUGGGAUGAAGAUACAUCUGACAUCAACCAUCAAAUUAGCUACCAUAUUACAGGAGGAAACCCCAAAGGGAAGUUUGCUCUUGGCCUGGUUCAGAAUGAAUGGAAGGUAUAUGUCAAGAGACCUCUGGAUCGAGAAGAGCAGGAUGUCUACCUGCUGAACAUUACAGCCACGGAUGGACUGUUCGUAACCCAGAGUGCGGUGGAAGUGACCGUCACGGAUGUUAAUGACAACAGUCCUGUCUGCGAUCAGGUUACAUACAUGGCAAUAUUCCCUGAGGACAUCCCUCCCAACAAAAUUAUCCUUAAAAUGGGUGCGCGAGAUGUAGACAUUGGCUCCAACGGUGAAAUUCACUAUUCUUUAUAUGGCUCAGGAAACGGCAAGUUUCUUUUGGACCCUGAAAGUGGGGAGCUCAAAACAUUAGCUCCGUUAGACCGUGAAAAGACCCCUGUCUACAAUCUCAUCGCCCGGGCAACUGAUGGGGGUGGGAAGUUCUGUCAAUCAAAACUCCAUCUAAUAUUGGAAGAUGUCAAUGAUAAUCCUCCACUGUUUUCUUCUGACCACUACACUGCCUGUGUCUAUGAGAACACUGCCACCAAAGCCUUGCUAACACGAGUGCAAGCCAACGACCCUGACGUAGGGGUGAACAGAAAGAUUGUGUAUUCCCUGGCUGAUUCUUCAGAAGGUUUCUUCUCUGUGGACAUGUCCUCGGGCAUCAUCAUUUUGGAGCAUCCUCUCGACCGGGAACUUCAGUCUUCCUAUAACGUCACCAUUAAAGCGUCCGACCAGGGCAUUGUGCAGACUCUGUCCUCGUUUGCCACCGUUACAAUUACCGUCCUGGACAUUAAUGAUAACCCCCCUAUCUUUGAGAGGAGAGAUUACCUGGUGGAGGUGCCCGAGGACACCUCCCCAAACACCGAGAUACUUUUCGUGUUUGCGACCAGCAAAGACAUUGGUACAAAUGCGGAGAUCACCUACCUCAUCAGAUCGGGUAACGAAAAAGGAAAAUUCCAGAUCGAUUCUAAAACAGGGUCCAUAUCUGUAAUUGAAGCUUUGGACUAUGAAAUGUGUAAGGACUUCUUCCUGGUCAUUGAAGCUAAAGAUGGGGGCAGCCCAGCUCUGAGUGCUGUCACAACAGUGAAUAUAAAUGUGACAGACGUGAAUGAUAACCCACCAAGAUUUAGCCAAGAUGUCUAUAGUGCAGUCAUCAGUGAAGACGCAUCAGUUGGUGACUCAUUAGUAAUGUUGAUAGCCGAAGAUGUGGAUAGUUCUCCCAAUGGGCAGAUUUCUUUCUCCAUUAUCAGCGGAGAUCAAAACAAUGAAUUUUCAAUUGAUCCUGGCUUGGGACUGAUUAAAGUUAAAAAGAGAUUGGACCGAGAACAGGUUUCAGGAUAUUCAUUAGUCGUGCAGGCUCAAGACAGUGGUAACCCUCCUUUGACCGCCACAGUGACGGUCAAUGUUGACAUUUCUGAUGUGAACGAUAACAGUCCUGUGUUUACACCUGCCAAUUAUACAGCUGUGAUUCAGGAAAACAAGCCAGUGGGAACCAGUAUUCUGCAAUUGGUGGUAACGGAUAAAGACUCCCUGCAUAACGGCCCACCUUUCACCUUCGCCAUCCUGGCUGGAAACAAAGAGAAAGAAUUCAUGCUUGACCAGCAAGGCAUCUUGCGAUCCGCUGUCAUCUUCAAACGCAUGGUAGCCACGGAAUACGUGCUGUGUAUUCAGGCCAAGGAUUCAGGGAAGCCUCAGCAGGUUUCCCAUACCUUCAUUCAGAUCCGGGUGAUCGAAGAAAGCAUCCACAAGCCCACAGCCAUUCCCCUGGAGAUUUUUAUCGUGACCAUGGAAGACGACUUCCCAGGAGGUGUCAUCGGAAAGAUCCAUGCGACAGACCAAGACGUCUACGAUGUCCUCACCUACGGCCUGAAGCCGGAGCAGAAAAGUUUGUUCAAGGUCAACAACCACGACGGAAAGAUCAUUGCCCUCGGAGGGUUGGACAGCGGGAAGUAUAUCCUGAACGUAUCUGUCAGCGAUGGGCGGUUCCAGGUCCCCAUGGACGUGACAGUCAACGUCGAGCAGUUGGCCCAGGAGAUGUUGCAGAACACCGUCACCAUCCGUUUUGAGAACAUCUCCCCGGAGGAUUUUGUGGGUCUUCACAUGCACGGCUUCCGGCGCACCCUGCGCAAUGCUGUCCUCACCCAAAAUCAAGACAGCCUGCACAUCAUCAGUAUUCAGCCCGUGGCUGGCAGCAAUCAGCUCGACAUGCUCUUUGCGGUUCAGAUGCACACCGGCGGCUUCUACAAGCCGGCCUACUUGAUUCAGAAGCUCACCAAUGCAAGGCGACACUUGGAAAAUGUGAUUCGCAUCGCUGCCAUCCUUGAGAAGAAUUGCUCCGGGCUGGAUUGUCAGGAGCAGCAUUGCGAGCAAAAUCUCUCCAUCGAUUCCCAUUCCCUGAUGACUUACAGCACGGCCCGGAUUAGUUUCGUGUGUCCUCGGUUCUACCGAAACGUCCGCUGCUCUUGCAAUGGAGGAUUGUGUCCAGGCUCUAACGAUCCUUGCACAGAAAAGCCUUGCCCAGGAGAUAUGCAGUGUGUAGGCUAUGAAAUCAACCAGAGACUAUUCAUCUGUCAAUGUCCACCUGGAAAACUUGGAGAAUGCUCAGGACAUACUUCCCUGAGCUUUGCUGGGAAUAGUUACAUCAAAUACCGGGUUUCUGAAAAUAGCAAGAAUGAAGAAUUCAAAUUGGGUCUCCGUCUGAGGACUCUGCAAAGCAACGGAAUUAUAAUGUACACCAGAGCAAAUCCCUGUAUAAUUCUGAAGGUUGUGGACGGUAAACUGUGGUUCCAGUUGGACUGUGGUGGUGGACCGGGCAUCCUGGGAAUUUCAGGCAGGACUGUGAAUGAUGGGAGUUGGCAUUCUGUGUUCCUUGAGUUGAACCGGAACUUCACCAGCCUCUCGCUCGACGAUAGCUACGUGGAGAGGCGCAAAGCUCCCCUUUAUUUCCAGACCCUGAGCACCGAUAGCUCCGUUUAUUUCGGAGCCCAGGUCCAGGUAGACAAUAUCCGAAGCUUAACAGACAAGAGGUCCACCCAGGUCUUGAGCGGCUUCCAAGGCUGUUUGGAUUCCAUCGUCCUCAAUAACAACGAGUUGCCCCUCCAGAACAAACGCAGCAGCUUUGCGGAAGUGGUGGGACUAACCGAACUGAAGCUUGGCUGUGUGCUGUAUCCUGACCCCUGUGAACGUAACCCUUGUCAGAACGGAGGAACCUGUAUCAGUGUGCCAUCUGGGGGUUACCAGUGCAGUUGCCUUUCUCAGUUCACUGGACGAAACUGUGAAUCGGAGGUCACCGCCUGCUUUCCAAAUCCUUGCCACAAUGGAGGAUCCUGUGAUCCCAUAGGCAGUGCCUUCAUUUGCACCUGCAAGAGUGGAUUAACUGGAGUGACAUGCGAUGAAGACAUCAAUGAAUGUGAAAGAGAGGAAUGCGAGAACGGCGGCUCUUGCGUCAACGUAUUCGGCUCCUUUCUGUGCAACUGCACUCCCGGGUACGUGGGCCAGCAUUGUGGACUAAGACCCGUGGUGGUUCCUAAUAUCCAAGCUGGCCAUUCUUAUGUGGGUAAAGAAGAAUUGAUCGGCAUUGCCAUUGUUCUUUUCAUCAUCUUUUUGUUGGUAGUCCUCUUCAUUGUCUUCCGCAAGAAAGUUUUCCGGAAAAAUUACUCUCGGAACAACAUUACUUUAGUCCAAGACCCAGCCACGGCUGCUCUGCUCCACAAAAGCAACGGCAUCCAGUUCAAGAACAUGAGGACCAGUGGCGACAGCCGCAAUAUCUAUCAGGAAGUAGGACCUCCUCAGGUCCCAGUGAGGCCAAUGGCCUACACCCCUUGCUUCCAGAGUGAUUCUAGGAACAAUUUGGACAAGAUAGUUGACGGACAUGGGGUGGAACAUCAAGAGAUGACAACCUUCCAUCCGGAAUCUCCCCGGAUCUUGACAGCAAGGAGGGGUGUUGUAGUGUGCAGUGUGGCCCCCAACUUGCCCACGGUAUCUCCAUGUCGUUCUGAUUGUGACUCCAUCCGGAAGACUUGGGAAAAUGGCACUGAAAGCAAAGAACUUGACGACAUGGAAGAGGUAACCUGUUUGUCAGGAAGCAAUAAAGGCAGCAAUUCAGAAGUUCAGUCCCUCAGCUCCUACCAGUCGGAUUCCGGUGAUGAUAACGCUUCCAUUGUGACUGUCAUACAGCUUGUCAACAAUGUAGUUGACACAAUAGAAAAUGAAGUCUCUGGUAUGGAUGAAGGACAGAACUGCAACAGAGCUUAUCACUGGGACACUUCUGACUGGAUGCCGAGUGCGCGUUUAUCUGACAUUGAGGAGGUGCCCCACUACGAGGCCACCGAUGGCAGCUCAGCUCAUCAUGGGAGCACCAGGGAGCUCGAGACGGAUUACUACCUUGGUGGUUAUGAUAUUGAUAGUGACUAUCCUCCACCGCAUGAGGAGGAGUUUUUAAACCAAGACCAGUUGCCCCCUCCCCUCCCAGAGGAUUACCCAGACCACUACGAAGCCCUCCCGCCUUCCCAGCCAAUUUCCAUGGCUGGCACGCUGAGCCCAGAUUGCCAGAGGCGGCCACAGUUUCACCCGAGCCAAUACCUCCCUCCUCACCAGUUCCCCAACGAGAUGGACAACAGUGGGUCUCAGACUGGGAACGAAUUUAGUACUUUUGGCGUUGGCCCAGGACCAAAUACAGGCAACAGCGUGGCCAAGAAACCCUUGUCUUUACACAAUUCUCUAGACGCAUCCUCGUCUGAUGUUUCGAUGGGCUGUGGUUUCGAUGACUCUGAGAUUGCCAUGAGUGACUAUGAAAGCAUUGAGGACUUCUGUCUGGAUCACCAUCAGAUUCACAUUCCUUUUGUGGAGAUCCAUCAGCAGACUCAAGUGUGAAGGAGCUCUCUUCCUGGACUUCAUUGCUGUCAUUUGGUCCUGUUCAUAGCAUAACUCUGUAGCUCUUCUCUUUUGCUUCAUAAGUGUUCUACAUCUGGUGCAGGGUUGAAAUCCAACCAUUUUCAGCCUGCCAAGGAGAUUGAUGUUACACAUGUACAUUACAGGGUGAAAACUGCAGGUUGUCUCGGAAAAUCCAUACCCAAGGUUAGACUUUGAUUAGACUUUGGAGUUAGCAUUUCCUGCUUAUUGCCAAAAGAAAGAUUUCCUGGCGGAAAAUGGUUUGAUGGCAGACUGACCCUUCCACUUCGCCGCAUUGCAUUCUAAACCAUUUUAAACCCUAGACCAGUUAAUCAAUAAAGGAAAGGAUAGCUGGUCAUUUCCCUCCCUAAAACCUUUCUAAAUCAGUUCCUUCACAACGGCUGGUCCAUUAAAUGAAGUAUUUCUACAUUGCCCCAUAUGUUGGCUGAUUGCGUUGAAUGCACUCACUCAUAAACACAACACAAGCCAAUCUUCCUCAGCUUGAUACUUUCCCAGAGGGUUAAGCUGCACUUCCCAUAAUUGCUAAUCAGCAUGCUUCUUGGUCAUUCGGUCUAUGAAUAAUGGGAGUUAUAAUCCAAGACACCAAGAGGACGUCCAAUCAGGAGUGGUUCUAACUCAUGCCUACUGCUCUAACUCUAAAAGAAACAGGGAAUUCGGAAUUAUUUGGCCGUCUUGAUGAGUCAAAUGGUGGGUAUUAAGACGGCCCCCUUAGUCCAAAAAUUUAUGCCACUGAGCCAUCAGUCCUGGCUCAUAUAAACAACAGUGUGUCAACGUGGAAUUUAAUACCUAGAGAUUUCAUUCAUCUUUAAAUACCAUAUACCCUGACCCUGAUUCAGGACUGACCCUGCAGUCGGGAGUUGAAAAAUGGAAUGGUGGAUGGGUUAUUUGUUUGUGUAUUUAUUUAUUUGUUGGAUUCCCUGUCUUCUCCUGAGCCUCAAUUCUUAGGAUACAUCAACAGCAUUUUUUUCCAUUCAUCUUUAGAUACCAUUUACCCUACAGUCUGUAAUGACUAGCCAAGUAAUAUCCACAGGGAGUCCUUUAUCCUUUUACCUCAAAAGAGUGCCAUUGUAGCUGUUGACUCCAUUACCACCAUGUAUUUUAGGGGUGAUGAGGAAAAAGAAAAAAGAAAUCCCAGCCAGAUGAUCUUUUCCACAUGUUUUGAACACUGUUGCCACAUUCCUUGUCUCACUGGAAUUCAAGCUUCCAUCUUGCAUGGAAGAAGGUAACGGGAGAAUCCAGCCUACUAGCAACUGAAAGGAAAAAAAAAUGAUUACUGAUGGAAGGGAAUUAUGGUUUUCGGAUGUCCCCGCAGGUCUUUCGUGGGAUUCAUCUGCGGGGGGGGGGGGGGGUGUCAGAAAAAGUCAAGAUGGGGGCUGCAACCAUGUAACUUAAGGCUCAUUCAUUUUUCAUGUGUGUGUUGCAUACAUAUGACACAUGAAGAUGUAGCUUUGAUCACCACACAAUAGGUUGCCUUCUUGACUUUCGUAAACCACACGUCCCCUUUGCAAAUGCCCAUUUCUCAGUUGUAUCUUGUUUUUUGUUUGAAUGAGUGCUUCCAUCCCAAUGGAGAGAGGUUUUCUAAAAAUUCUUUACACCAAGUGACAAAUUUUGUUUUUACUUGGCUUGCUAAAUUAAAUAUUUCUGGUGUCCUCACACUAAUCGGCACUUAUUUCAGCCUCGGAGGACACCGGUUAAUAGAUCAUAUCAAGCCAAGUGGUUCAAUUAAGUGCCAUGCAAUAAGCAAGGGAGCAGCUUUAUUUUACAAAGGUUAUCUAAAUUUUAUGUUGGAAGUUGAUUGAAUCUGUUGAUUACAACUCCCGUUUCAGGCUAUAAGAAUAUUGUAACUAAGGGUUAUGUAUAAGAAAUGGUCUGGUUGGAAAAACGUGUGUAAAAAAUUAUUUUUCAAGCCAAGACAAAUACACUGCCGGUAUGAAUACUCUAAAUAGUACAAACUAUUAGUGCUUCCUGUCCAGUGAUUUUUUUUUCCCUCUCUUGGGCUUCGCUUCCAAAUAUGGUAGUCUUCUUUUAUAAUGCAUCUAUAAAAUGAUGGUUUUUGUUCACCCUUCUCAGCUUUUUAUGAACCCCUUUCGAAAUAUUUGGGGAUGAGGGAAACAUGGUAUUUGAACUUUGUGUAUGGUAAGGAUGCUAAUGUAUGGAAUUGAAUAAGCUUAGUCAACAGAGGAACUAGCUGAUGUGUGGGUUGACCUACCUUCUCAUGACCAUGAAUGUGUGUGCAUCUGUGCACACACACAUACAUAGACCCACAGAAGAGUUGACAUAAUCAACAUCUCCAAUUGAUUAUGUUCAUAGCUAUUAUAUACCUUGGGGUUGUUUUGAAUGGAUACCAAAGUUGCUACACAUUUGAAUUCUGGACUGUUAUUUGGUUGCACUUAUUUGUCCUCACACAGACACACGCACAUACGCAAAGUUAUUAUGAAGUAAUUCUUCCUGAGUUUUAAAAGGAAUUUUCAAAUAAUGCUUUUUUUUCUUUUUUGGACAUUUAUUAUUAUACCUGAAAUUAAGUGAGAUACCUUUUUCCUCCUACUUUCUAGUAGUCUUCCAUAAAAAAGAAUAAACUGAAAACCUUUGAUAGUUCAAAGUAAGGGGCAUUUUCCACUCUUCUCCUGAAUAACUUGCAUGUUUAUUCUAGAACCCUCUAAAUGUUAAGCUCUUCUUGUCUUACCAAUUCCUAUGCACUUCCUCCUCCUUCCUUUCCCCACCUCUCUCCCAGCAGCUGGCUGCUCACUGCCCCCCCCCCCGGUUGUCCCACUUAUUCCACAGCAUAAUCUGCAUUGUUCAUCCCAGAAUGCAUUGCCCAUUUAUACAUUCCACUGUGUUUACUUUCAGAUUCUCUUGUAAUCUUGCUAUUCAGUUUUAGCUUCGCAUAGGUAAAAGCAUCCUAGACAAGCGAGCUAAAUGCAUUGGCCAGACUCCAGAUGUUUGUAAGCACCUGCAGUUCAGCACAAUUAAUAGGCAUACACACUUUCUCUGCCGGCGUGGUUUUUUUUUUUCUCUCUCUUACUUUCUUUUACAGUAAAUCACUCUGAUUUUUCCUGGCUUUAUCUCAACAGCAACUCGUCUGUCAAUUGGCGUUGAUGACAUGGGGUAAAAGAUUAGUAGUAAGUAAGCCGUAGAUGAUUAAAUGGCAUUGAAGCCAACUGGGGCGUCAGACAGUCUUUGCUCAGCCGCUUUACGCAUAGAUAAUUAACAACCAAUUCAAUGAUUCAAAAAUGGGGAAAUUCCUAUUUCUGAUUGCUCCUAUACAUAAACCAGUGCAGCAUAUCAUAAAGUGGGACAGUUUGAAAAGAGAUGUACGGCCAAUGUAUUUUUUUCAGUAGGAUUUUUUUUUCGGGGAAUACAUAUUUGGUUUAAUUUGGAAGAGAUUUAAGAAAAAUAUCUCCUCCCCACCAACAAGCAGAAAUGGGACAUUUCAGAACUAUCUAACUACGAAUAAUGCAUAGCCGUUGGUGAGUUAAACAGAUGCGGGGGGGGGGGAGGAUCAGGAAAUUAAAGAUGGCAGCUUCAAGUCUCAAAUGGCAUCCGCCAUUUUGAAUUUUCUUGAUGUCCUUAUGCUCUCCUGGUCCUCUAGCAGCCAUGGACAGCUCCAUUGCUUUUGAUAUGACUCAGGUUUUGUUCUAUGCAAGAGUCUUAUUCCUCCUACUACACAAGAUGGCAGCCUGAAGCUCACAGGAAUAAGUGUUUUCCUAAAAAUAAUAUUAAUCCCACAUGAUAAAGCUGCAUCUCGAGCCAAAAAAUCUAAAUUCAGCGUUUUCUCUUUGUUUCCUAUUUACGAGAUGGUAUAAGAAUGCCUAUAUCAUGUGAGCCAUAUCGCACUUGAAGUAGUACUGCCCAGAGGCAGUAUUUAUUAGUUGUGUAAAUACUUGGUACGCAGGUAAGACCUGUCAUCACAGUUGCAUACAAAAUGAGGAAAACUGUGACUUCCACAUUAUAAUGUUGAUAGCAAAGCGAUUUAAUAUUAAUUUACUGCUUUUAUUAGAGAGUCUUUCACAAGCUAAAGAUAAAUAAUUUCAAUAUUGCCACAGAGAACAGAAAUCUUCCCAAAAUUUUGAUGGGGCAUUCUAGCUGAACUGCAUCUUCUAAAUUCAUUCCAUAUAAUUGGGAGUGGAAAAAAAUUUGUUUGCGAUUAUGCAAAAAUUGGAUUUUGGCAUUUCCUUUCUUUGCUCAUUACAUCUCUCCAGUAGUAAAAUCCAUAGUUAAUUUGUCCAGGAAAGAUCAUUAUUUCAAGGCUAUGCACCAAACAGAAGAGCAAUGGAUUUUUUUUUAAUUUAGAGAAAAAAAGGAGAGGUAGUGGGAUGUAAGUACCUUUGUUUCAUCUUUUUUUUAAAGAGCAAUAAUUUACAAAUGUAUUACAGGCCAUAUCCAAACUUCACCAUUGGCAGUGUUAAGAGAAUAAUUGAACUGGAUCGUGGGAAUUCAAGGCCUCACUUAACAUAAGCAUAUCAUUGAAUUCUUGCCAGAACAAUUUUUCAAACCCAGGAUAACUGCUUUUUCAGGAAGUUUAUUUUUUGGGG